AGGGGAAGUUGCAGUAGCUGUCGGCCGCGGUCGGCGUCGCUGUGGGCCCGCAAGCGGGAACGGGCAGCUCUCCUCUUGGCGUCAGACGACACGGGCUGUGCGGUACUGACAGAGACUGCGCCAGCUUGCUGCUGCCGCCGCCGCCCGGCCCAGGUGGCGCGUCUUUGCAGCCGCCGCCGCCGACCCCGCCUCCGUCCCUCGCACGCAUUCGCAGCAGCAGCCGCCGUCGCGGAGGUGAAGGUGGUGGGCUGAGACGCUGGGAAGAGCCGCCUUUGCAACAGCAGGAGCUCCCACUACCAUCUUCUCCUCCUCCUCCGCCUCCUCGCUGCUUAGGGAUGGCCGACAGCGCCAGCGAGAGCGACACGGACGGCGCGGGAGGCAGUGGAGGUGGCGGCGGAGCGCCGGGCGUGCUGCCCGGCUGCCCCGCAGGGCCUGGCUCGGCCGGGAGCAGCAAGGCGGGCGGCAUCGUGAUCUCGCCGUUCCGGCUGGAGGAGCUGACGAACCGGCUGGCGUCGCUGCAGCAGGAGAACAAGGUGCUCAAGAUCGAGCUGGAGACCUACAAGCUCAAGUGCAAAGCGCUGCAGGAGGAGAACCGCGACCUGCGCAAGGCCAGCGUCACCAUCCAAGCAAGGGCAGAGCAAGAAGAGGAGUUUAUCAGUAAUACUUUGUUUAAGAAGAUUCAAGCUUUGCAAAAGGAGAAAGAGACACUUGCAGUGAACUAUGAAAAGGAGGAAGAAUUUCUCACUAAUGAGCUCUCAAGGAAGCUGAUGCAGCUACAACAUGAAAAGGCUGAACUUGAGCAGCAUUUAGAACAGGAACAGGAAUUUCAAGUGAACAAAUUGAUGAAAAAAAUAAAAAAACUGGAAAAUGAUACAAUUUCAAAGCAGCUUACUCUGGAACAGCUAAGACGUGAGAAGAUUGAUCUUGAAAACACACUAGAACAAGAACAGGAAGCACUAGUGAAUCGUCUUUGGAAGAGAAUGGAUAAACUUGAAGCAGAAAAACGAAUUUUGCAGGAGAAAUUAGACCAGCCUGUGUCUGCUCCUCCAUCACCAAGGGACAUAUCAAUGGAGAUUGAUUCUCCUGAAAACAUGAUGCGGCAUAUCAGGUUUCUAAAGAAUGAAGUAGAGAGGUUAAAGAAACAACUCAGAGCGGCACAAUUACAGCAUUCGGAGAAGAUGGCACAGUAUUUAGAGGAAGAACGUCACAUGAGAGAAGAGAACUUGAGGCUCCAAAGAAAACUGCAGAGAGAGAUGGAGAGAAGAGAAGCCUUGUGCAGACAGCUGUCAGAAAGUGAAUCCAGUUUGGAGAUGGAUGAUGAGAGAUACUUUAAUGAGAUGUCUGCACAAGGAUUAAGGCCUCGCACUGUGUCUAGUCCAAUUCCUUAUACACCUUCACCAAGUUCUAGCAGACCAAUAUCUCCUGGUCUCUCAUAUGCAAGUCACACAGUGGGCUUUACUCCCCCAACUUCACUCACCAGAGCCGGCGUGUCUUAUUAUAACUCCCCAGGCCUUCAUGUGCAGCAUAUGGGGCCAUCCCAUGGUAUUACAAGGCCUUCACCACGAAGAAGCAACAGCCCUGACAAAUUCAAACGUCCCACUCCUCCUCCUUCUCCAAAUACUCAGACCCCACUGCAGCCGGCUCCUCCACCACCACCACCACCUGUGCAGCCUCCGGUCCAGUUGUCAGCCUCCCAGUCAGCCACUUUUCAACAUGCAAUGCAUCCUUCUCAGCCUUAGUGCAUGUGCUCAGCAAACCUGUCUUCAGAGUUGGACUCAUAACACAGAGCAGUUUACUAUAAGCCAAAGGCUUACCAUGGCAUAUUUGGAUUUGACUUAUUUGCACUGAAGUUACUGAGGCUUCACUGUUUAAUUGUGUUGUACAAGUUUGUCAGGCUGCUUCAAAAUUAGCACAUUGCCUACAUGGAAAGCAUUUUUGGGUAGGAAAAAAAAGCAUGAAACCUGCAUGUAGAUAAUCACACACAUACAUGAGGGUUUCCAUGUUGGUUUGCUUUUUAAUGUGGAAGUGCUUUCCAUGGAAGAGGUGUGUUAUCCUUGAAGUUGCUCUAAAAUGCAGCCAGUGUUGUGAAUCUACAACACUAAUUUCAGAAAAAUUUUCAUCAGUGUUUUACUUGAACUUACAUGUAUGGCCAUCCUCUGGCUGGAACAUUUGCUUGCUUGCUUUUUUCUUUCUUUCUUUUUUUUCUUUUUUCUUUUUCUUUUUCUUUUCCUUUUUUUUUUUUUUUGCUUUCUUUUUUUGCUUGCUUUCUUUCUUUUGAUAUUAUGGCAUUUGCUGAGUUCCCAAAGCUUUAUUUCUUUUUCUUUUCUCUCUCUCCCCUCCCCCCCCACCUCUGCUAAGUUUGUAAAAUAAAAGGGACAGCUUUUUAUAUUUUUUCAUGACAAUUUGCAUAUAUAAUUACAGGCAUGGGCUGUAUAUUAUGAACUCCUAGACAUUAUAGUGUGUUUGAACAUAUACAGUAAAUCAGCACUACAUUUCAGUAACAGUAAUUCAGCUUUUAGUGCAAAAGUGAAAAUCAAACACGUAAAUGCCCAAGCUCACUUUAAAAAAUAAAUAAAUUUAAUCCCUUCCUUUUCAGGUACAACAGAAAACAAAAAUGACAAAUCUGUACUUUUUUCCUCCAGUGUGUGGUACAGUCUGAAAUACGAUGUGGGAAGCCUGACUUGUCAGAGUAUAUAGAAUGUAUUGAUCCAUGGACCUUAAAAGUUGAUUGUUUCAUUUCUCAUUCACGUUGACCUGUAAAACUGUCCGUACUGUUGUUUUCAUCACAAUGAUCUUCUGUAAGUGUGUUUCUGCCAACAAGAUCCUUGUGGCUGAUUAAAGUGUGCUCUCUGAUUUCUGCUGUAGAAAAGGAAUUUGUAUUAAAACAAAAAGGCUUAAUUUUCCCCUUGUUUAAAAUAUAUUGAUUGUGUGACCCCUCACCCUAAAGUUUGAACAAAUAUUUUAAGCAUUCAAAGAAAAAUCAGAAGAAAACAUGAUUGAAGGUGCACAUUAUAGCAGUAUAUUGGUAUAACAGCUGAAAAUGUUGUAUUGCUUGGUAGAAAAGGAACAGGUUACAGAGGAAGUUAGAUGACAAUAGCAAAUGCGUAUUUAGCAGCAUAAGCCGGUACAAUGUAUAAAGAAAUGUAUUCUGAAAUACAUUCUUUCUAUUCAUUUAGCACGAAUAAAUUGUUUGGUUUCACUUUG